AUGGACCAAUUUGAGACCAUUGAAGGCAAGAUUCUAUACAUCACCUAUAAUUUAUAUAAGCAAAAUCGUAUUUGUAUAGAGUAGAAGAAUGAAAUAAAAGACCUGUUGAUUAGUAGAAAUCAUCGAAUUGAAAGAUUAAUUUAAGAACUAAGAGGAGGAUUAAGUGUAACCCACAUCGAAAAUACCCUUGAAACAAUUAAUGAUUUAAGUCCAAGAGACUUAGAUGACAGUCUUAGUAUCACAUAUAAAAAUAAAAGACCACUAAGAUUUAACUUCCUAAAAUCAAAUUUCCCGAGAAAUUUAAAUAACAAAGAAAUUAGAGCAAAUGAAGAUACUGAUUCAUUGUCUCGAAAUUCAAAUUAUCACUUUGAAUUUGAUACAAGGAAACGAGUAUACUCUUAGGCGGCUGAUUCAUGUUGA